CUCCGUCUUUGUGCACGCACUAUGGCGAGGUCCCUGGGUGUUCCGUUGCUGCUGCUGGCCGCCCUGGUUGUGGCCCUCGCCCUGGCCGUGAGCCCCGCGGCCGGCGCCAGGACGAGGCAGUCGCCGCGCCUGCUGGGCGGCCUGGAGGACGUCGACGCCCAAGAGAAGGACGUGCAGCGCGCCCUGGGCUUCGCGGAGAGCGAGUACAACAAGGGCAGCAACGACAGGUACCACAGCCGCGCGCUGCAGGUGGUGCGCGCUCGCAGGCAGAUCGUAAGUGGCGUGAAAUACUACUUGGACGUGCUGAUAGGCCGGACCACGUGCACUAAGACGCAGACCAACUUGGCCAACUGUCCUUUCCACGACCAGCCGGACCUGCAGAGGAAGAUGCUCUGCUCCUUCGAGAUCUACAGCGUGCCCUGGCUGAAUAAAAUCUCCCUGCUGAAAUCCGACUGCCAGAAUGCCUAGGGGGUCAGUGCCAGCUCUACGGCCUUGCCCGCUGCCCCUGGCUCCGCACACCCUGGCUUAGGUGGGAGUCCCCCCAGGGCCCUGCUGGAAGACUUUGCGAGGCAGGUUCUGAACAGCUCAAUGGCUCCUCCCUUGUUGUCUCCCUAGCUUGUCAGAUCUACUGCUGUGCAGCAUGCGUGGGCUGCCUCGAUUGUAUCCAAU